AUGGAGGUCAGAAAGACUGUAAUCGGAAGGAGACCAGGGUCAGAAAGAUCGUUAUCGGUAGGAGAUCAGGGUCAGAAAGAUCGUUGUCUAGUGAUAGAGGUCGAUAAUAUUAUGGGAGAACUCUGGGCAUCUAGUGGUGGCCUGAUGGAGCUCAAGGCCUCAAGUAGUGGUCUGGCAGAAGUUCGGGCCUCGGGUGAUUCUGGUGGAGCACAGAGCCUCAAGUGGUUUUCCGGCAGAAGUAUGGGCAUCAGGUGGUGGUCCGGUGGAAGUGCGGGUCUAAGGUGGUGGCCUGAAUUCCAGGCCUCAGGUGGUGGUCCGGCAGAAGUACAGGCCUCAGAUGAUGGUUCAGCAAAAAUCCAUGCAUUAGAUGGUGGCCUGGUUUCUGUUAACAAGUUAUUGGCAUCAGGAACAUGGGAGGAGGAUAAGUAUCGCAGUGAUGGAGGGAAGGCUUGGUUGUCAAGGAUGGUCAAAAAUAAGGAUAAGGCUGCAUCAGGUCAUAGAAAAGAUCCAGCAUGGAAAUAUAGCACUCAGGUGGAUGUAGGAGGAAGUGAUAAAACAUAUGUCUAUCUGAAAUGCAAUUACUGUGAUAAAGUUGUGAAAGGUGGUGUGACUAGGAUGAAGGAACACCUUUCAGGCUCUCACAAGAAUGUUGCUCCAUGCUCCAAAGUUCCUGAUGCUGUAAGGGAAGAGAUAAAGUCAUACAUGAAUAAGUCUAUCACAUCAAAACAUCUUGCACAGAAGCAAUUUGAGGAUAGAGUUGAUGCUGGAUCUUACUACGGGAGUGAGCGCAGCGCCUUCUACUACACAGAAGAUGGCCCCAGAAAAUGCAAGAGAGGCGCGGAGAGAGUGUGUAAGGAUAUAGGCAGAUUCUUCUACGAAAAUGCAAUUUCAUUUAAUGUUGCAACAUCACCUGCUUAUUACAACAUGAUUCGUUCAGUUGGAGCAUUUGGGAGAGGGUUCAAACCUCCAACCAUGUAUGAUUUAAGAACAUGGAUUUUGAAGGAGUUGGAAAGCACUGAUAAAAGCAUUGAAGAAAUUAAGAAGACUUGGGCCCAAACAGGAGUAACAAUUAUGUCAGAUGGGUGGUCUGAUAUCAAACAUAGAAGUCUGAUCAACAUCCUCAUUAAUAAUCCUUAUGGUACUGUGUUUUUAAGGUCAAUUGAAGCAUCUGACCAGGUCAAAGAUGCUGAGUUCAUAUUUAGAUUAUUAGAUAGCAUUGUUGAAGAGAUUGGAGAACAUUUGGUUGUACAAAUUGUGACAGAUAAUGCAAGUUCUUAUAAGGCUGCAGGUAAUAAACUUAUGGAGAAGAGGAAACAUUUGUAUUGGACUCCAUGUGCUGCACAUUGCAUAGAUCUGAUUCUUGAGAAGCUUGGGGAUCUACCUCAACAUAAAAAUGCACUCACUAAAGCCAAAAAAAUAACCAAGUUUAUUUACAACCACUCUUGGAUUCUAGCUCUUAUGAGAAAGUUUUCGAAGAAAGAAAUUCUAAGGCCAGCCGCAACAAGAUUUGCCACCGCAUACUUGACCUUAGAGAGCAUGCUGGAUGCCAGACAACCUUUAGAGGCUAUGUUCACAUCUACACAGUGGUUGAGUUGUGCUUGGGCGAAGAAGGCUGAGGGAAAAGAGAUUAGAAAGAUUGUUUUAAAUGACAGAUUUUGGCAAAGUGUCUUAUAUGCCAUUACAACCACUAGACCUUUGGUUCAUGUUUUAAGGAUGGUGGAUGCUGAGAAGAAGCCUGCAAUGGGUUUCAUCUACAAUGCUAUGGAUGAAGCCAAAGAGAUGAUUGCCUCCAACUUAGGAGGCAGUGAGGGAAGCUUUAGGGAAAUUUGGAAUAUUAUUGAUGAUAGGUGGGAACUACAGCUUCACCGACACUUGCAUGCCGCUGGCUACUACCUAAACCCUCAGUAUCAAUAUGCAGAGAACAAGUCUACAAACCCUGAAAUAAAGUUGGGAUUAUAUCAUUGCAUGGAUCGUCUAAUAAGUGAUGCAACUGAAAGAUCAAAUGCUGACUUGCAAUUGGUACCUUUUAGGAACAAAGAAGGUUUUUUUGGAUUACAAUAAGCAAAAGAUACAAUUGCCAAACGAUCUCCAGUUGAGUGGUGGAUUCAAUUUGGUGAUGAGACUCCAGAAUUACAGCGUUUUGCUGUGAAAGUUUUGGGCUUGACAUGCUCUUCAUCUGGCUGUGAAAGGAAUUGGAGUACCUACAACCAAGUGCAUACAAAGAGGAGAAAUCGCUUG